AUGCCGCCUAAUGCACGGACGGAAGUACCCCGACCAUCACAAUUUGGAAUCAGAGACUUUGAAGAGCUCGUGAUACCGACCGAUGAUGGCGAAAAACUGUCCGCGUUCUAUAUCCGCGGCCCUCGAGGCGGCAGCAAUUCGAACAUUACGGUCAUCAUGUUCCACGGGAAUGCUGGCAACAUUGGCCACCGACUCCCGAUAGCACGCAUGCUUGUCAACCUCAUUGGCUGCAACGUGUUCAUGCUUGAAUAUCGAGGCUAUGGUGCUUCCACAGGCGAGCCAGACGAGUCUGGCCUCAACGUGGAUGCACAAACUGCCUUAGACUAUCUGAGGCAGCGGGCGGAGACCCGAGACCACCUACGCAUCAUCUAUGGGCAGAGCCUGGGAGGUGCCGUUGGCAUCAAGCUUGUUGCCAAGAACCAAGAAGCUGGAGACAUUGUCGGCCUUGUACUCGAGAACACCUUCCUCUCGAUGCGCAAGCUCAUCCCGUCGGUCAUACCACCAGCCAAGUACCUGGCCCUUCUGUGCCACCAGGUGUGGGGAAGCGAAAGCAUUUUGCCCAGCAUCAAAAAGGUUCCAGUGCUCUUCUUGAGUGGUCUCCAAGAUGAGAUAGUACCGCCUACCCACAUGCGCCAACUCUACGACCUGUGCGCUGCCCCCAUCAAGAAGUGGAGGCCCCUCCCCGGAGGCGACCACAACUCAAGUGUGCUCGAGGAAGGCUACUUUGAGGCAAUUGCCGAGUUCAUUGUCGAGAUCACGAGUGAGACAAGAUGA